AUCUACGGAGCUUGUUUCCCGUUAGCUCGUCAGGCUGCAAUAUCCAAUCCUUGACAUUGCGAAGAUGGAGGCUAUUAUAGUCUAGACCAGGAUACACAGAAGAAAGCGCCAACUGCGAGUUUCAGAGGCUUGUUAUGACAAGAUUUCCAGUUGGUGCAGGUGGAGGCAGGAGGUGUGAGUAAAGCGCAGUAGUCAUCGGCAGCAUGUACUCCGAGUGGCGCUCACUGCAGCUGGUGGUGCAGAGUGACCAGGGCCACCUCAGUGUCCUGCACACCUAUCCCACCAGUGUGGGCACAGAGGUAGCAAAUGCAGUGGUCAAGCCUCUUGGUACUGCUGUGAGCCCUGUUGCCACAGAGAAUAUCCUCAAGACAGACAAGGAGGUGAAGUGGACCAUGGAAGUGCUGUGUUAUGGCCUCACUCUCCCCCUAGAGGGGGACACUGUCAAGCUGUGUGUAGAUGUGUAUACAGACUGGAUGAUGGCUCUGGUGUCACCCAGAGACUCCAUGCCGCAACCUGUGGUUAAGGAGCCCAAUAUGUACAUUCAAACCAUACUCAAACAUCUUUACAACGUGUUUGUACCAAGACCUGAGCAGCAUAGUCCAAACCAUAUCAGACUUUGCCAGCAGGUUCUAACUGCAGUCCAGAAACUGGCUCGAGAGUCUAUUUCCAUGGACCGGGAAACCUGGGAGGUGCUGCUUCUCUUCCUGCUUCGUAUUAAUGACACGUUGCUUGCCCCACCCACAGUUGGAGUCGGGGUGGCAGAAAAACUGGCAGAAAAAUUGAUGGCAGUACUGUUUGAAGUGUGGCUGCUGGCAUGUGCUCGCUGUUUUCCCACACCACCUUAUUGGAAGACAGCAAGAGAGAUGCUGGCCAACUGGAGACACCACCCACCUGUUGUAGAGCAGUGGAGCAGAGUGGCCUGUGCCCUGACCUCCAGGCUUCUGCGCUUCACCCAUGGACCAUCUUUCCCACCCUUUAAAGUUCCUGAUGAGGAUGCCACCCUGAUUCCUUUGGAGAUGGACAGUGAUUGUGUGGCACAGACCUGGUAUCGCUUUCUCCACAUGCUUAGUAACCCAGUGGACCUGAGCAACCCUGCAAUAGUGAGCACCACUCCAAAGUUUCAGGAACAGUUUCUUAACUCCAGUGGUAUCCCUCAUGAAGUGGUACUGCAUCCAUGUUUGAAACAACUACCACAGAUCUUCUUCAGGGCAAUGAGGGGUGUUAGCUGCCUCGUAGAUGCCUUCUUGGGUGUCUCUAUUGCAAAGAGAGAUGUACGGGAGAGGGUGUUCUCUUUUUGCCCUGUGCUGCUCUCUCAUGGUAUAUCGCGUCCCAGAGCUGACAGUGCCCCGCCCACUCCAGUCAACAGAAUGAGCAUGUCUCCGCCCCCCUCCAUCACCAACACCACGCCUCCUCACAGCCGCAAGCAGCGACACACAGUGGUCACUAAAACCACAAGCAAGAGUUCAACUGGCAGUGGUAGUCAACCAACCAAAGCAUCCCAGCAGCAACAGCAGCAGCAGCAAACUUCUUCCUCCCCAACGCUGCUUUCCAGCCCCAAUCAGAGCAGCUGGGAGUCUCGGCCUCUGCCAGCCCCGGCACGGCCGAAAGUCAACAGCAUCCUCAAUCUGUUCGGCCAGUGGCUUUUCGAUGCUGCUCUGGUGCACUGUAAGCUCCACAGUGGCCUCAGCCGAGACCCUAGCAUGACUGCCUCUUUUAUCCAAAUUCUCCUUUCUUAUAAAUCUUCGAUAGCCACUCAAGUAAAUCUGGAGCUGAGACGGAAAGGUUCUCAAAUGUCCAAUGAUUCCAUGGUGUCUAAUCCCAUGUUUGACACCAAUGAGUUCCCAGAGAGCUACGAGGCAGGACGUGCCGAGGCCUGUGGGACACUCUGCCGCAUCUUCUGUAGCAAGAAAACUGGCGAAGAGAUUCUACCUGUUUACCUGUCCAGGUUCUACAUGGUGUUGAUUCAGGGUCUCCAGAUCUCAGAUUUCAUCUGUAGACCAGUUCUGGCUUCUAUCAUUCUCAACUCUUCCUCUCUCUUCUGUACUGACCUGAAGGGCAUCAAUGUGGUUGUGCCCUAUUUCAUAGCUGCCUUGGAGACCAUUGUACCAGACAGGGAGUUAUCUAAAUUCAAGAUAUAUGUAAAUCCUACUGACCUGAGGAGAGCCUCCAUCAACAUCCUACUUGCCAUGUUGCCAUUACCACAUCACUUUGGCAACAUCAAAUCAGAGGUUCUGUUGGAGGGAAAGUUCAAUGAGGAGGAUGGAUGGCCUCAUGACCAGCCUGUGUCUUUCCUGUCCCUACGGCUACGUCUUGUCAAUGUCCUAAUAGGAGCACUGCAGACUGAGACUGACCCCACUAACACACAGCUCAUCCUGGGUGCAAUGCUCAAUAUUGUUCAAGACUCAGCACUGUUGGAGUCCAUUGGUGCACAGACUGAAACAGGAAGUAUAGACGGAAGCCACAUCACAUUGAGGAGUCAGAGUCACAGUCGCACCAAUAGUGGCAUUAGUUUUACCAGUGGAGGCAGCACUGAGGCGACAAGCCCAGACUCUGAGCGCCCUGCCCAGGCCCUGCUACGAGACUACGCUCUUCCAGAUACGGCGGCAGGCCUGUUGGUGCGCAGCAUCCACCUGGUCACUCAGAGGCUCAACUCUCAGUGGAAGCAAGACAUGAGCAUUUCACUGGCUGCUCUGGAGCUGCUGGCUGGCCUAGCGAAGGUAAAGGUGGGAGUAGACUCAGCAGACCGUAAACGUGCCGUCAGCUCUAUAUGUAGGUACAUUGUGUACCAGUGUAGCCGGCCUGCUCCUCUUCAAUCCCGAGACCUCCACUCUAUGAUAGUAGCUGCCUUCCAAUUCCUGUGUGUGUGGCUCACAGAACACCCUGACAUGCUGGAUGAGAAGGACUGUCUGGUAGAGGUGUUAGAAAUUGUAGAGCUGGGAAUCUCUGGUAGCAAGUCCCGACAGGAGCAGGAAAUUCGACAUAAAGGAGAAAAGGAGCACAAUCCAGCUUCAAUGAGAGUGAAGGACGCUGCUGAGGCCACUCUGUCCUGUAUCAUGCAGGUGUUGGGGGCCUUCCCUUCUCCCAGUGGACCCGCCUCCACCUGCAGCCUACUGAAUGAAGACACCCUUAUUCGCUAUGCUAGACUGAGCGCUACAGGAGCCAGCAACUUCCGCUACUUUGUGCUAGACAACUCUGUAAUCCUCGCCAUGCUGGAGCAACCACUUGGCAAUGAACAGAACCCCUGUCCAUCAGUGACAGUUUUAAUCAGAGGCACUGCAGGCAGACAUGCCUGGACCAUGCAGCUUUUCCACCAACCCAGAGGAGCUCGAGCCAAUCAGAGGCAGGUGUUUGUUCCUGAGAGCCGUCCAAUGCCUAACAAUGAUGUGGGGAUAAAAUACAACGUCAAGCAGAGGCCUUUCCCGGAAGAGGUGGAUAAGAUUCCUCUUGUCAAAGCUGAUGUCAGUAUUCCUGACCUGGAUGAUAUUGUCAGUAAAGAGGUGUGUUUUUUGGGCUGGCAGGAUGAUUCAAGAGCUACAAAUACACUGAUGAGUAAUUUCCCACACUUGGAAAUUCAGCACGACCGGCUUCGGAUUCUAAUGACCAAGCAGAUAGAGUAUGAGACUUCGUUGGAGCGGCAAAGUGAGGAGAUCUGGAAGUCCAAGUCUUUCCCUGACCCACAGACAGACUGCAAACCCCCGCCACCAUCGCAGGAGUUCCAGACAGCACGACUUUUCCUCUCCCACUUUGGCUUUCUGUCUCUGGAGGCACUCAAGGAGCCCAACAACAGUCGUCUACCUCCGCAUCUGAUUGGCCUAGAGUCAUCCUUGCCAGGGUUUUUUGAUGACAUCAGCUACCUGGACCUGCUUCCCUGUAGACCGUUUGACACCGUCUUUAUUUUCUAUGUGAGAGCUGGACAGAAAAACAGCCAUGAGAUCCUGAGAAAUGUGGAGUCGUCGACCAGCGUCCAGCCUCACUUUUUGGAGUUCCUGCUGUCCUUGGGCUGGCCUGUGGACGUGGGACGUCACCCAGGGUGGACGGGACACCUAGAUACCAGCUGGUCCCUCAACUCUUGCUCGGACAGCAGUGACAUACAACAGACAGAGGAAGCAGCCACUCCUGAAGACACAGGAGGUUCAGUGUUCAAUGGGGAGAAGAAAGUUCUAUAUUACGCUGACGCUCUAACAGAGAUUGCCUUCGUUGUUCCGUCUUUGACAGAAAACUCUGAGGAGUCGUCGGUACACAGUGACUCCACAGUGGAGGCAGAUACCAACACAGAUAUCAUGCCUGCUUUACUCAAACAACCCAACCUCACACUGGAGCUGUUCCCUAACCAUUCAGAAAACCUGGAGUCUGCUAAGAAGCUGAGUCCUUUGGUGAAAACAAAGAGGUCAUCAACUGGAAAGUCUUUCCCAGCACUGGGUCCUGAGACAAAAGUGUUUGUGGUCUGGGUGGAGCGCUUUGAUGAUAUUGAGAACUUCCCGUUGUCUGAUCUCUUGGCGGAAACCAGCACAGGCUUGGAGGCUAGCAUGAGCAACAGCACUUCCUGCAGGUCAGGGUUACUAGAGAAGGAUGUUCCUCUGAUCUUCAUCCAUCCUCUGAAGACGGGACUCUUCAGGAUCCGGCUGCAUGGAGCCGUGGGCAAAUUUGGCAUGGUGAUUCCCCUGGUGGACGGCAUGGUGGUCAGCCGCAGAGCUCUUGGUUUUCUCGUGCGUCAAACAGUUAUCAACGUGUGCCGACGGAAGCGUCUGGAAAGUGACUUGUACAACCCGCCUCACGUGAGGCGGAAGCAGAAAAUCACUGAGAUCGUCCAGCGUUACCGCAACAAGCAGCUGGAGCCGGAGUUUUACACCUCGCUCUUCCAUGAGGUGGGGGAGGGAAAGCCUCACCUCUAAUAACCCUGACCUGUCCUAACACUGGCACACACGCGCAAAUAGAGACACACACGCCCAAAUACAGACAUACACACACACACACACACACACACACACACACACACACACACACACACUCACACUCGUCUCUCUCACAGAAUCUUUAUAUUUAUACUGUACUAUUUUGUUAUUUAUAUGAAUACAUAUAUCUACACUGUCUGCCUUUGACUCUGAGAGCAAAGUGUCAAAAACCAUGCCAAGGUGGGAAGGCUACAUUUCUGUGUCGCAGCCACUUGCGGAACAUUUGAAUGGCUGAAGUUCAACAGUGACUGUCUCUGCUCAUUUAGGUUCAUGUUUUGUGGCUAAAAAAGGUUCUGCUCAUCUUUAACUGCAAUACAGUAGUUACAGUGUUGGCCUUUCUGAACAUGUAAAAGUUCCUUUAGUCCCUGUCACACAAGUGAAUUGGUUUGGUAUAAUACAAAGUUGUGUCCAAAACAGCAGAUCUGUUUUUGUUUUGAUCGAACAGAUUCAUGGUUGGAUCUUUUGCCAAGGAGAUCAACAUGCAAGUGUCACAAAAACAACAGAUUGCUGCUGCUUCAAGGCAAGUUGCUAGAUAGAACAAAGAAAUGGCAGACAGCAUUCAAACAUCAUGUUAUUUUACAACAGUUACCUACACCCAAAUGUCUGCUAAAGUCUUCCUAAUGCAAACACAUCCGGCCACUGAGGUUUCUUUUUUCUUGGUAAUUUAUAGGACUCCUGUGUUCUAUUACUGUAUGUGGAUGCCAUUUUGGUACCUGCACUGUCUCUGUGUCAGUCUAAAAGUCAUCUCAUCUCACAACAGCCUCUGCACUGUGUGCUUGUGUUCAUGUGUAUUCAACCAGUUAAAUCAUUGACACUACAAGGAGUCACGGUAUAGAUUGUUAUUUUAAAUCCACUACUCUCGUUUUCAUAAUUCUGGGAAAUUAAAAUGUCUCUUUUUUUUCUCUGUCCGGAUAAAACCCUGACUGGUAAACUCUUAAUGCUUAGUAAUAGUAUAGUUGUCUUGUAAGGAGAGCAGUCACAGAGCUCCUGGAGUUUGCACUUAAUAACCGCAUGGCCAACACAAAAUGAAAACAAAGAGGUUUUAGUUUUAAAGUCUCAAAAAUGUAGUCGAUGGUCACAUUCCAUCAAAGUGCAGACGGGUCAUUUUCAGUGGACUGUCUUUCCCUCUCAAUGUAAUUUUAAUGACACUUCCACUACCACAAUGGGUACAUGUCUCAUUAAAAUUGCAUUGAAGGGAGUGAGUGUUUCGACCUCCAGUUCUGAAGGCAUAACAAAGCAAAACUGUGACACAGGAAGUGUUUCUUGCUCAUCCCAACAAAAUCUGCCAUGAUGGAUGUAGAGGCCAAAAUAAUCACUACAGCUAACAGCGAUGUGGCCAUAGCUAUAUUCUUUCCAUUCAAAAUGGAAUGGAAUAUUUGAUUUAUAUUAAUUUUGGAUUACAGAGACGAGCAUGUUUGCCAUAACAAAUGUUUUAAUUUCACUAUUUCACUCACUGUACUUUUUGUUCAAGCCCUCUCACUGUCUGCCUGUAACAAUGUGAAUUUAUUUAUCACAAAGAUUGAACAGGGCAAACACCUCUAGUUUGUUUGUUAUAUUAGAAAGUCUUAAUGCACUGAGCACAUAAUGUUUAUUUUCUAUUCCCUGUGGCUACCUUAGCAUGUCUUUUUGUACUUUUCAGCAUUUUGAGAGGAAAAAAACCCUGCUGAAGGAAGAGUUUUAUCUUGUGAAAUAUGAAUGAAGAAGGUGACGUUGGCGAGUUUUUAAUCUAACAUGUCUAAAUGUGUGACUCACUUUUUAUGACCGUGCUUUAUGCACAUGCCUUUUUUUGGAAGGACAAAGUACAUUAAAUAUGCUUCAAAGAAACUACAUACAAUCAGUCAUACAUUGUAUCCUAAUGUUACUCCUCUGGUGUUUGAUCAUAUUUAAAGGAUUUGCCUUGUACAGAAGCAGAGGAUAAUAUGUAAAUAUAUGAUAGUGUCAGGCAUUUACAAGUUGUUGCAUUCAUCUGAAAUGGUGAGAGAAGUUUUGUAUGUAUGCAAUUAUGUGUGGGAGGAUCACAGUGGGUAUUGAAUGUAACAUGCAUCAAUUAAAACUAUUAUUGACCUUUUAAUUUCUCCCAUUCCUAAUAUCUUUUAAAACGUUUUGUUCACAGGGUUUCUGUGAGAAAUAAAAGGAAUUUACAUUUUUCAUUUUUAA